GCAUGCGCAGAACAACGCGGAACUCCCCGGGAAUAGUUCUGAAAGGGUUUUGUAGAAUAACGUGUUAGUUUGUAGAGUUAAAUAUUGUCGUCUUAAAGCAGAUUACCUUGUUUACGUGUUUAUUCAUUAAACCUCUCAGCUAACGUCGGAACCGUCAGCUCCUCCAGUAUAAUCAUGUUUAUUAGCCUCAGGCUGGCAGCUCUGUGUUUCUGGGUCCUGCUGCUGGAUUUAUGUGGAAUAAUAAAAACACUCGGACAAUCAAACGGGUCAGGUGUCGUCAGAGUGGUUGUGGAAGAAGGGAAUGACGCCAUUUUACCCUGUUCCCUCAGCAACAAGGAGAACGCUGAGGAGAAACUCUUUGACUGGAAGAAAGAUGGUCCGAAGGAGAUUUUCUUUUAUGAUGGAGGCUUUCAUUACAACAACGGCCGUCCAGGUCAAGAUCAGCAGUUCAAAGGUCGCGUCUCACAUUUUCAAGAUGAGCUGAAGUACGGCAACGCCUCCAUCAUUAUCAGAAAUACGAAGGUGACCGACAGUGGAAACUACACCUGUGAUUUUCCACGUUUUCAGCCAAGACAGAUAUUCAACAUUCAGCUUCUUGUUGAACCUAUCUUAAAAGACCGAUCAGCAGAUACGAGAGGAGCAGCUGCAAAACCGUCUGUCACAACACUUAAUCAAACGAAGGACUGGGCCCUGCUGCAGUGUGAAGUUCUUGGUGCUUCUCCAAAACCUAGAGUAGAGUGGCAGGACAGUGCUGGAAACAAACUUCCUGCUGAGGAGCCACAGGUCUCAGAAAGAGGAGGCAGCUUCUACAUCAUCCUCCAAACUACUGUGAUGAAGACCGACAACUAUCGCUGUGUAGCCACACAGGAGGAGAUCAGACAUCAGAUUUAUACUGAGAUCUACGUGUUUAUCUGUGAGAAACUGUUUGAGGACACGUCCAGCAGAGGGGACGUCACAGGAUGGUUUUUUGGUGGAUUCUCUUUAGGAGCUCUAACUGUUGCUGGAGUUCUAGUUUUGCUUGUAGCUACAAAGGUCAUCAAAAUACUCCAUAAUAGACGUUCUUGUGAGCAGAGAAACCGUCAUUGUAAAGAUCCUCCAGAGAUGCUGUAAAAGUGCGUGUGAAUGAAUCUUGGCAUUUUUGUUGCAAACAUCCAAAAACUAUUUAAGCUGUACCGACAGAAGACAACAGUGAAAACAUGAAAAGGGAUCAGUAUUUCGUCCGUAAAGGUUCUCAGUCAUCCAGGUCAUCAGUAUUUACACUUGUUAUACUAACAUUGUCUCCACCCAGAGGACAUAUGAUUUGAUUGAACACUUAGAAUAACGAGCCUGACUCCAAUGUUUCAGCUAAAAUGCACUUAAUAUAAUGUAUUCUAGUACAAAAGUUUUUUUACACACAAGUUACCCAUUUGGUAUUAAAAGUAUUUAAAAAGUCUUAAAUUUUGAUUACAAAGGUCUCAAAUAUUUUCUUCUCCUUUUGUAGGUUCAAAUAAUAAUAAUGAUAAUAACUAUCCUUAUUUGUAGAGCACUGUUCAAAAACAAGUGUAAAGACAAUAAUACAAAAACAAUACAAGAUAAAAGCAUGAAAACAUUGAAAAGACUAAAAUACAUUGAACACGGAGUGUUCAAUCAAAUCAAUGAAAUUAAAUAAGUGCCUUAACAUCAUAAAUAAAUAUGUGUGUGACUUUACAAUUUACUCUGUUGGAGGUGACUUGGAUGUUUUACGACAGGUACAAAACACAAUAUAGGCCUAUGUUACAUUGAAAAAAAUCUAUAUAUUUAUUUACAUUACUUUAAGCCUACUGAAUACACUGCACAUAAAUACUGUACUUUUAAUGUAAAUCUUUUUUUUUCUUAAAAUGUAUGUAAAGAUAAUGUUGUCUUGUCUCUGAAUCAGUUCUAUACGCUGUGAGCUCAGGUUUAGUUUGUUAAAGGAAUUAAUUAUUGAAAUGGAUCAUACUGCUGUGUAUAUCCUGUGUGAAGAAUGGUGUGUUUUAUGUUUAUACUGUAAUAAUGCAUUUAAAAAUGUACCCAUGUUUGCCAGUGAGUUCAAUGUACUUUUUCUUGUGAAUCAGCUAAAGUCAUAUUAUAAAUUUUAAGUCUUCUUGACGUGUUCGUUUCUCAGGAAACA